AUGGCUGCCUAUGCAGGUCAAGUGGCCAACUUGGCAGCUUUUUGCUGCUUGAUUAACUCAGAAAUGAGUGAAAGAAUGAGAAAAUUCUUUAAAAAUAUCUUUGGACAAAAUAACCAGGAUAACAUCAAUAUCAACGAUGUUACACCUGAUCAGCCUAAAGAAAAAACUGGAAGAUUCAAAAAACUCCGAAAAAGAAUAUCAAGACUUUUUGGAUGUCGGAGGCCCUGCUGUAGCGAUAUUGCAGAGGAACCUGAACUUCCCUAUGAAGAGGCAAAAGAAGAAAUGAAGCCGUACUCUCCAAUUUCUUUUAAGAAAUGCUGUGAGAAGAUCAAGAUGCGUGUGGAUUGGGACAGCUACUUUGCACCUUGGGCUGAAUAUUCUACGGAAUAUCCUGAAGCCUUUGAGCGUGAAGAGGAGCAGCGAGAGCUAUUUAAGCCGCUCACUCCAGAUUACUGUUUGACACAAACCGAAGAUGAAGAUGAUGAACGGGAGCCACUGGGCUGUAGCAGCGACAUCCCACCUAUUGGCUCCCAGGACAGCGAUGAAGUCGGACCCUAUGACAGUCUGAUUAAGUGGUUUAAAAUAGAGGUGGAGGAUGCGCUAAAUAGAAUAUUUGAUGCAGAUCCUCCUACGAUGCAAAUGGAAAUUGAAGAUAUUGAAUUGGAGCCACUGGGCUGUAGCAGCGACAUCCCACCUAUUGGCUCCCAGGACAGCGAUGAAGUUGGACCCUAUGACAGUCUGAUAAAGUGGUUUAAAAUAGAGGUGGAGGAUGCUUUAAAUAGAAUAUUUGCUCCAGCUGUCAGAACACAUUGCUGGAUGGAAGAUGAAGAUUCUACCUCACAGGAUUCUGGUAGCAGCUUUGCUUCUACCGCUGAUAGUUCCUUGGUACAGGAGGUACCUGUACCCUUUAUAUUGGAUGACAGUGAUAGAGAAUCGAUUGACCAAGAGGAGGUACCUGUACCCUUUAUAUUGGAUGACAGUGAUAGAGAAUCGAUCGACCAAGAGGAGGUACCUGUACCCUUUAUAUUGGAUGACAGUGAUAAAGAAUCGAUCGACCAAGAGGAGGUACUUAGGCCGAUCCCUCCAGAUCCUUCUACGAUGCAACUGGAAAUUGAAGAUCUUGAUCUGGAGAACCAAUAUUAGACUGGGAGGCAUUCGAGAAGAAACCC